AUGGCUAAUACUGGUGGCUGUGCGAUGACCGAUAUUCGACUGGGGCAGUACAGGAUCACCAGAAAUGGCGCACGCACGGUGUGGACCCAGUGCCCACUGAAUGCGGCCAUGCAGUUGGCACAGGAGGGGAAGCUCCGAGUUGGCUGGUCCACAGCUAGAGUGGUCCUGCUGAAGAAGCGCCCCGUACAGUGCUUCAGGUGUAUGGCGUCGGGCCACGUUAGAGAAAGGUGCCCAAGUGAAGUUGAUCGCUCGGCCAGUUGCUUUAACUGUGGGGCGGAUGGGCACAUAGCCAGAAACUGCGGGAGGCCCCCCGAAUGCCCUAUCUGCAAAGAGCAAGGACGCAGGCACGAUCAUAGGGCAGGAUCAGAGGCAUGCCCUCCGUGCCCACCGAGGAACCUCAGGGGUGGUAGCCAAAACCCGAUGCCGCAAAGAAUCCCGGUCGAUCGGAGUAGUGCGGCCGCGCCUGACGUAGAAGCAUAA